CUCCUGCAGCUUUCAGAGCGACUGUCAGGGAUGCAGGUCAUCUGUGGGAGCUCUCUGGGACUGACAGUAUAUUUAACCAUGAGCAGACCAGCGGUCGCUGUGCAGAAAUGCGCGCUGUGCUGACGGUGUGCUCAUCCCGCCAUGAACCGCCGACCUCCGGGGGGAACAUGAGGAGGGUCUGGGUCCUGGCUGUGACAGCGCUGCUGGCCGCUUACAGCGCCCGGGCAUCACCGCUGCUAGUGGAUCCAGAGGACUUUCUGGAGAAGUAUGGGUACCUCCAUCGUGAGCACCAGAUCCACAAUACAGUUGAAGUGCAGUCAGCCAUCAGAGAGUACCAGUGGUUAUCCCGUCUCCCCAUCACAGGGCAACUUGACAGCGCAACCCUGAGGCAGAUGGCAGAGCCCCGCUGCGGGGUGUCGGACGAGGGCACACAGCAGGUCUGGGCAAAUAGGGUAAAUGUCAUCUUUACUGGGAAGAGGCUACUGCAUCAUCGCAGGAGGCGCUCUGCAGACCAAGCUGAGAAGUGGUACAAGCGACAGCUGACCUACCAGAUAGUGAACUGGCCUCACCACCUGUCCAUGGGCUCUGUGCGAAUGGCGGUGCAAACUGCUUUCCAGCUUUGGAGCAAUGUGUCCGAGCUGGUGUUCCAGGAGGCCCCCGAGGGCCCCGCAGACAUCCGCCUGGCUUUUUAUGAGGGGGACCACAACGAUGGGACCAGUAAUGCUUUCGACGGACCAGGUGGGACCUUGGCUCAUGCUUUCCUGCCUCGCCGAGGAGAAGCCCACUUUGACAUGGCGGAGAGAUGGACGCUGAAUGGACACAAGGGCCACAACUUGUUCAUGGUGACCGCCCAUGAGAUUGGACACACUCUGGGCCUGGAGCACUCCCCCGUGCGGCAUGCUCUGAUGUCUCCGUACUACAGGAAGCUGGGCCGCAGACUGGUCCUGAGCUGGGACGAUAUCCUGGCUGUGCAGCAACUGUACGGUAAACCAUUGGGUAAUCGCCCAGUGAGGUUGCCUGGACAGGUACUACACGCUGCGCUGCAGGAGUGGGAGUUCACAGAGCUUCAGAACCAAAACCCAGAACUGCCUCUGUAUUGCCAGGGGUUCUUUGAUGCCAUCACUGUGGAUGAGCAGCAGACAGUGCUGGUGUUCCGGGGAAGCAUGUUUUGGACGGUAUCAGUUGAAGGCAGUGUGAGCGGCCCACUCCUCCUCCAGCAGCGCUGGCCUGGCCUCCCUCAGGCAAUAGAAGCUGCUGCCUUUUCCCCUCUGGACUCCAAGUGGUAUUUUUUCAAAGGGAAGCGGAUGUGGCGCUACACAGGCCCUGAACUGGACCCAGGGUUCCCCAGGAAGAGCAAGGAGCUGGGUCUGCCUCGCCGCCCAGACAGUGUUUUUUUCUACGCCCCUCUGGGUCAUAUGGUGCUCUUCAAGGGCUCUCGCUACUUCGUGCUCAACCUUAAAACUCUGCACCAGGAGGCUUAUUAUCCCCGCGGGCUGACAGACUGGACUGGGCUGCCGCAGGGCACCAACGGGGCACUGACCCGUCCAGAUGGCAGACUUUACCUGUUCAAAUAUCAGCGGUUUUGGAGGUUUGACCCCAUGAAGGUGCGGGUCACCAGACAGGGCCAGUGGGCCAAGGAUUUAAGCUGGACUGGUUGCAGCAAAAUUCCUCAUAAUAAUAACAUCCUUUGACCACCAAGGGGAGCUUUAAAAUGAAAAGUGAAAUUUGUCCACAUACUUGUUUCACAUAAAAGAAGGCUCCUGCAUUUUUAACAUUAACUCAUGUUGCAACCGGGUCCUGACUGACAAUAGUGUGACACCCCUCCAUUAAACCAAAGGUAUAGACCGUAUUUAUACUACUGAAAACAACUUAUACAACGAGGUAUGUGUAAUUAUUGUCUAACUAAUGCAGCUUUGAUGUGAUCUGCCAAAAACAGGCAGUGUUUCAUUUGCAUUUAAAAAAUAUAUAUACAUAUAUUUCAAUUAUAGCUUCUUCAGCGUCACCAGUGUAUGUGGCAGACUAUAUAUGUGACCUUUGACCUGCAAAUGUUCUUUAUGUUCCUACAUAAAGCAUCAGGCCUUUCUACGCUGUGGAACCAAAUACUAGACAAGAAAAUAUUUUAACCUUAUCCUUUUUUAUUUUUUUUAAACGCACAACAUAGAGUAGAAACUUGAUGGAUUUCAUUCUUUUCGUGUGACAGGCCUGUGUGCAAUAAGAGAGGGCGUGGUGAAGUGGUUAUUUAUACUUUACAUGAAGGCCAGCAUAAAUAUUACUCAGCUUUAACCUCAUCAGGUAAGGGAAGUGUUUUUCAUAAACCUGGCUGAAACAUGAGAAAGACCUAUAGCGUCAACACCAGACCAACUCUUGUGGUGAGAGAUGCCAAACCCAAAAGCUGCUGCUGGUUUCUAGUAUACACUUCUAGUAUAGACUUUAGUGUACACAGUCUAGUCGAGCAGAACCUGCAAAUAUACCUAAAAAGAAACUGUACAUGAACUGCUAAAACUCUGUGAACCUAAAGUAAACUAAUGUGCGCUGUGAAAAACAUCUACUCACUUUCAGCUGUUUUUAUUUUUAUUUUUUAGUUGGUGUAAAAAAAAAAAAAAAAAUGUCAGACUUUGAAACAUUUGUAAUGUGUUAGGUUAUUGCAAAAAUUUUAAAUACAAUUAAUAAAGUUGUAUUAUUGUUAAAAGUU